UCGACUAGUUACGUUAAAUCUCACGCAAUGUCUGCAUCUACUACUGAUCUACAUCUAGAUCUAGACUCAAAUUAAACUAAAUUAGAUCUAAGCGUAUAAUUCAAUGACAUUAGGCUGCUAACUAGACUAAAUAGAUCCAGACAAAAGUUCAUUUUGAUAUUCUUCGUGAUUUUUUUUAUCUAUCAGAAAGAGAAGCUUUAACUUUUUAAAUAAUUAUUUAAUACUGCCUAUGCCUGUUCUGAUACUCAGGAUACUGUGAUAGUAUUCAUAAUUUAUUAGAUCUAGAUUAGUAUAAUAGACAAAACUAACUCAACAUAAUCCUAUUAUAGUAGGCCUAGACUGUAGCCCGUCAGGAAUUCAAGUUCUAUGGGUUAUGGCUUGCACUUUUCUUUCAAAGCCAAUAUGUUAUAGUUUCAGUAAUCAAUUUGAAUUUCAAAAAAGGAAUGCUUUAGCACUAUUAUGGUUUAUGAGAUCACUAUCAAAAGAUGCCAAGAAUAAUGGGCAAGCCAGACGAAAGACUUUGGUUAUUUUAGGAACUGGUUGGAGUGGCUAUAGUGUGUUGAAGACCAUUGACAAGAAGUUGUAUGAUGUCAUCGUUGUUAGCCCAAGAAACCAUUUUCUUUUCACACCGCUACUGGCCAGCACAACUGUUGGAACUUUAGAAUUCAGGUCCAUCAUUGAGCCUGUUCGCAACACAGGGUUCAGAGAUUCCACACACUACCAUCUCUCAUACGCUACUAGUCUUGACGCAGAGGCCCAACGUAUUCACUGCACUAGUGUUUUAAAACCCAGCCACCAGUACAGUUUGCAUUAUGAUCUUCUUGUUCUUGGUGUUGGUGCUCUGACUAAUACAUUUGGAGUUCCUGGAGUUCAAGACUAUGCAUUUUUUCUAAAGGAGGUGGCUGAUGCGAGAAAAAUUCGCAAUCGUAUUUUAAGCAACUUUGAGUUGUCAGUUCAGCCGAACAUUAAUCCUGAUGAAAGUAAACGAUUGCUGCACACUGUCAUUGUUGGUGGUGGGCCAACUGGAGUUGAGUUUGGUGCAGAGCUCUAUGACUUUGUUGAACAGGAUGUGGUCAGGCUGUACAAGCAGAAGUCCGAUGAUAUCAGAGUGACAUUGGUGGAGUCCAACAAGAUACUUUCAUCCUUUGACUCAAGGCUGCAAGCGUUUGCAGAGAAAAAAAUCAAACAAAGGAAAGGUUUUAACAUUGUGCAGUCAUCUGUGACAGAAGUGGCAUCUGACAGUGUGACCUUAAAAGAUGGGACUGUAAUUCCUUGUGGUCUUGUAGUAUGGAGCACUGGUUUGGCACCUAGAGAAUUCACCAAGUCAUUAAAAUAUGCUAAAAAUAGAUCUGGACAGGUUUUGACUGAUAGAUUUCUUCGAGUUAAGGAUGAGCCGAAACAAAAUGUCUUUGCAAUUGGUGAUUGUGCUGAUAUUGAAGAAAUGUCAUUGCCCUGUACAGCUCAGGUUGCAGAAAGAGAAGGUCGCUAUUUGACCAAGUUUCUCAACUCUAGCUGUGAUGAAGAUAAAACUGGAGCCUUUGAAUUCCAGAGUCUAGGCAUGUUGGCUUAUAUAGGUCGCUAUCAAGGUCUCAGUGAUACUCCACAAUUAAAAAUUAAAGGGGUUGCAUCCUGGUUUCUUUGGAGGUCAGCCUACUUAACAAGACUCGGCAGCUGGAGAUUAAGAAUGCAGGUCCCUCUGGACUGGACCAAAACAUUGUUGUUUGGCAGAGAUAUUUCAAGAGUGGAAUAAGAAGACCAGUCCAUUAAGUCAUUACUUGAUGGUAGCCAAGACAUACUUAACACUUUACAUUAAGCUUAUCUGACUCAAGUAAGGACUAAAAUAGUUUAGUUAAAUAAAUAUAGGCUAGUGACAAAUUGUGGAAUAUUUAAAUAUUUAUACAUAUUUAUGAAAAUCCAGACUCUAUUAUUGUAUUUCAUGCAAUUUUAAAAGAAAUUGUCCCGACUGAAUGAUUCAAGUGAUUGCUUCAAAUGUAUAUGCUGUUUAUUUUUUUUAUAAUUUAUAUAAUUUUUUUUAAUGCUAUUUUUACACUAAUGAAAUGAUUCACACUAUAGGCCCUCUUAUCUUUUCUUUGAACUCAUAAGGUUUGUACCAUUUAAAAAUAAAAUAUUUGCUUUGCUUCCUUCAUCGGAACAGUCUGAGAAAGACAUUUUCUUGCUAAUUAAUUUACAUCCAAAAUCAAAUAUAUAUAUUUUGUUUUUCGUUUUAUCCUCGAAGCUCAAAUACCUUUAUUUUUGCAUCCUCCGCUGAAAAAGCUUUACAGCCCAAGUUGGACUAUCUUCUCUAUUAUAUGCAUUUUACUUGAUUCUUGCUCUGGUAGGUUGUGUUGCUGUUCAGAAGUCUGAGAUUUGUUCCUUUGUCAGAUGAUGGAUUGUUUUUUUAAUUUAUUAUUAGAAACAGGAAAUGAUCAGGAAUUGGAAGAAUGACAGUUCUGUGUUUUUACGUAAAUGGUAGAAUAAAGAUUUUCCUUUUUUUUUUCAUAAUUCUAGAUCUAGUAGCCAUGUGGAAGCAUUAUACUGGUGAAUGAAUUGGUGAAAGCUUUGAUUUUUCUGUUUUAAAUAGAUAUACAUGUUGUUUUUUGUACAGUUAUAGAUAAAUACAUAUGUUAUUGUGUUUCUACAUUCAGAUUUGUGUUACAAUAUUGAAGUUCAAACGGAUGUUUGUAGGUUUUGAUAUUUAUAGAGAUAUUUGUACAGAAAAUGUUACAAUAGCUAAACCAUGAUUCUGUGUCAUUUAGCAGACCUUAUAUUUUGGAUUUGUUAUUUGCAAUAGUGUGAUCAUAUAUGUAAUGAUAAAUUUGAAAUUAUAUGUAUAUGAAGUGUGAUUUAGUAGUACAUAAUUUAUAUAUUUAUAUACCUACUAUAUCUUGUUAUAGAGAUGAUUAUUUGUCAUAAAUAAACGACAUAAAAAAUUACACCCAAAAUA